AUGGAAGAAGGAAAGUUCUUAGGCUUCAUCGUCACAAAGGACGGUUUUAAGGUAAAUCCAGAAAAGGUCCAAGCCAUAGAAAGGAUGCCUUCACCGUCAAACAUCAAAGACAUGCAAAAAUUAGCAGGACGAUUAGCCGCACUCAAUCGUUUCCUAGCUAAUCACGCUGCAAAAUCCUUCCCAUUCAUCAAGACCUUGCGCAAUUGCAUGAAAAAAAGCCAGUUCCAAUGGACUCCGGAAGCAGAAAACGCGUUCCGCGAGAUGAAAGAUUGCUUCAUCAAACUGCCAACUUUAACCGCACCAAACAAAGGAGAACCCUUGGUACUUUAUCUCUCAGCUUCCGAUAGGGCAGUCGGAGCUGUACUGCUCGUCGAUCGUCAAGGCGUCCAAACACCAGUUUACUAUGUGUCGCGAACCUUGACCGAUCCAGAAACUCGGUAUGCAAUCAUGGAGAAGCUAGUCCUUGCACUGAUUCACGCUUCAAGACGGUUGCGCAGAUAUUUUGCCAAUCACACCGUCCACGUACUAACAAACUACAACAUUGGAAAUAUCCUUGCAAGGCCAGAGAUAUCAGGAAGACUAGCCAAAUGGGCAAUAGAGCUGGGAGGUCACAACGUGGUUUUCAGACCACGACCAUCGAUCAAAGGCCAAGUCUUGGCAGAUUUUAUGACAGAAGUCCCAGAUGACAAAGAAAGGGAAUGUAAAGCGAUGGAGAAAGCUGAGAAAAAACAAACAGAAGAACCAUGGCUGUUGUACACAGAUGGUGCAUCUAACGAAGAUGGAGCAGGCGCAGGGCUGAGGCUGGUAAGCCCUGACAAACACGAAUUCACAUACGCCAUACGCCUGGAUUUCAAGAGCACAAACAACGAAGCCGAGUAUGAAGCUUUCCUGGCUGGCUUACGGUUGGCGAUCAAAAUGGGGGUCCGACACAUCAAAGCGCAUGUGGACUCCAUGCUAGUAGCAGGCCAAAUCAACGGCCAAUACGAAGCCAAGGGCGAUAUAAUGGCACUCUAUCUCAACCAAGCGAAAACGUUGCUGCAAACCUUCUAUUCCUACAAGGUGCACCACAUAAAUCGAAGCGAAAACAAGCCAGCAGACGCACUAAGCAAGCUCGCAUCAACAAGCUUCCAGCACCUAGCAAAGGAUGUGCGCAUAGAGGUUUUGAGCAACCCAUACGUUCCACUCAGAGAAGUAAGUGUCAUCCAGACAGGAACAACGUCCUGGAUGACGCCGAUAAUCAUGUACUUACAGUCAGGGAUACUUCCCGAAAACAAAGCCGAGGCGCGAAAGAUCCAAUACAAAUCAAAACAUUAUCAGAUGGCAGACGGGAUACUGUACCGAAAGUCGUAUCUCGGCCCACUGCUGCGAUGUGUAGACGCCGACGACGCACGUUACCUAAUCCGGGAAGUGUAUGAAGGAAUUUGUGGUAUUCAUGCCGGGCUUGAAUGGUGGUGGCAAAAGUAA